UGGCACUCGCCGUUUACGCACACCCGCGGCGUGACUCUGCUGUCUUCCCAGUCCGUCUGAGCCAGAGCCUUUUUACGCACAGUUCCUGCAGUGGACUCGCCCUUUCCUCUUUACCCGUGCUCAUACCUGACCUUACCCGUGCUCAUACCUGACCGGCUUUUACUUUAGCUGUCAAAUAAGGAGGACAGGACAUGUUCGGGAUGUGGAGGGGACUCGCCGGACUGUCAACAUGUUGGUGUGUGCUGAUGCUGAUUCAUUGUUCGCCUCAAGCAGAUACAGCAUUCACGUGCAGCUCCACGCAGUUUCAGUGUGGAAACGGGAGGUGUAUCACCCGCAGGUGGAUUUGUGAUCAAACGGACGAUUGUGGUGAUGGAACUGAUGAACUACCUGCAACCUGUGCAACCAGAACCUGUCUGGAGUCACAGUACAGCUGUGGCGCCCCCAUGAACCAGUGUAUCCCAGGAAACUGGCACUGUGACGGCAAAGCAGACUGUGACAACGGGGCUGACGAGAAAAACUGCACGGCCAAGCAGUGCAAAGCUGAAGAAUUUCGUUGUGCCAGCGGCCAGUGUAUUUCUAAAGCCUUCGUCUGCGACAAUGACAACGACUGCCCAGACGGCUCAGAUGAAGCCUCCUGCCCCAAACCCACCUGCAGCUCUCGGUCUUUCCAGUGCAACAACUCAGUGUGUGUGCCGGUGCUAUGGCGCUGCGAUGGAGACAAGGAUUGUGCCGACGGGUCAGACGAGUGGCCGGAGAACUGCGCAGAACGGCAGCCUAACAAGACCACGACGCGCUGCGCCGUCCACGAGUUUCAGUGUGCUAAUGGGGAGUGUAUCCACAGCAGCUGGAGGUGUGACGGAGGCUUGGACUGCCAGGAUCGUUCGGACGAAGUCAACUGCAGUCGUCCCACUUGUCGUCCAGAUGAGUUCCAGUGUAAUGAUGGUACCUGUAUCCAUGGCAGCCGCCAGUGUGACAAAGUGGCUGAUUGCAGGGACCUCAGUGAUGAAUUGGGCUGCUACAUAGAAAAUAUAUGUGAAGGCCCAACCAAGUUCAAAUGUGGCAGUGGGGAGUGUAUCAGCAUGGAGAAAGUGUGUGACAGACGGAGUGACUGCAGAGACUGGUCAGACGAACCCGUCACAGAGUGUGGCAAGAAUGAGUGUUUGACCCAAAAUGGCGGCUGCUCCCAUUACUGCAGUGAUCUGAAGGUUGGCUACAACUGCUCGUGCCCUGCUGGAUACAGCCUGAAGGUGGACAAGAAAACCUGUGAAGACAUUGAUGAAUGUGCUGAACCAGACACCUGCAGUCAGGUCUGCAUCAACCUUCCCGGUAGCUACAAGUGUGACUGCAAGGAUGGCUAUGAGAUCGACCCUGCAACCAAGACAUGCAAGGCUGAAUCAGGCACUGUACCAACCCUGUACUUUACCAACAAACAUGAGGUGAGGAAGAUGACGGUGGACCGCAGCGACUACGUCCGUCUGAUCCCACAGCUGAAAAAUGCGGUGGCUCUGGAUAUAGAUAUGCCAAACAAGAUGAUCUUCUGGUCUGACCUGUCUCUGAAGAAAAUCUACAGCUCUAAGAUCGACAUGGCCGGUAACUCCUCUAACCACAAUGUAGUGAUUGGCAGUGGGAUUGAGGCCCCAGAGGGCAUUGCGGUGGAUUGGAUCCAUGGCAACAUCUACUGGACUGACAGCAUUUUAAAGACUAUCUCCGUGGCAACGACAGACGGCAGUAAGAGGAAGACCCUCAUCGCGGAAAACCUGGACAAGCCGAGAGCCAUCACGGUGGACCCAAUAAAUAACUUUAUGUACUGGACAGACUGGGGUGAGGAGGCUAAGAUAGAGAAGAGCGGGUUGAAUGGAGCAGACCGCGUUGCCUUGGUGACAGACAAUGUUUUGUGGCCCAAUGGCAUCACCCUUGACAUGGCCAACCAGCGUCUGUACUGGGUGGACUCCAAGAUGCACACCCUCUCCAGCAUUGACGUGAAUGGAGGGACACGACACAGGCUCAUUUUCAGCGAGGAAAAGCUCUCCCACCCCCUCUCUGUGACUGUCUUUGAGGAGAAAGUGUUUUGGACAGACAUGAGCAACAGUGCUGUUUUUAGUGCCAACCGUCUGACGGGAAAGGACAUUACGGCGCUGGCAGUGGACCUGGAGCAGCCAGAGGACAUUGUGCUGUAUCACAACCUCAAGCAACCCAGCGGAACAAACUGGUGCAGAGAGAGUAACAGAAUGAAUGGAGGCUGUGAGUUUCUGUGCCUCCCUGCCCCUCUGAUCAACCAGCACUCUCCUAAAUACACCUGUGCCUGUCCUGACCACAUGACCAUGGGACCUGACAUGAGGAUAUGUGUGGCAGGCUCAGGUGAUGCUCUUCCCAAAAACAAAACUGAGGCACCACUCACGUCCAAAGCUCCCACCGAACCUACUACAACCACGCCACCUGUCCCGACCACUACAACUAGAGCCACCACCAGAGCUACCGAAAAACUCACAUCUACCUCAUCCACCCAGCCCACACAGAGCACACAGCAACCUGCCGCCACUGCUCAAGGUAACAAAUUGGCAGCCUUGCCUGCAGAAGCCCCUCCAUCCCAACCUAUUGCCCUCUAUGUUGUGUUACCAAUAUUGGCCAUGUGCUUGCUGGUCUUUGGAGCAGUACUGCUAUGGAGACACUGGCGUCUGAAGAACACUAACACCAUCCACUUUGACAACCCAGUGUACCAGAAAACCACAGAGGACGAGGUGCACAUCUGCAGGAACGGCUCUGAUGGCUACGUUUAUCCUCAGAGGCAAAUGCUGAGCAUGGAGGACAUGGAUGUUGCAUGACCCAAAGAUGAAGAAGACGCUAGCUUUAUUUAAAGUGAUUUUCUGAUGCAAAAGUGAAGCAACAAAGACCAAUCUUUUUUUUUUCUACUGCUGCUGCUUAACAGCCCCUCCCUCCCCCGGUGUCCUCAUUUUGUGGCUUAUGUUUCUGACCUCAACACUGUGCCGUCCAAGUCUUAGUACAGAACUGAAAAAAAAAGAUCUUUGCAACUUUUGUAUGACAAAAUGGACCGUAACUACAGGAAGCCAUUUAUUCAGACCACAAAAUGGUUUCAGAAUGAAGGACUAACGCACAGUUUCAGAAGAUGCUUUUGAUCACAGAGCCUUGACGCUUUUGAAGCUAGGUGAAAAUUGUCUUUCUUAGUAUCCUGUUAUUUAAAGCCUGGCCUUUAUUGUCUUAACACAUGUGUGCCUUCCAUCCACACUCCAGUAGUUUAGAGAAGUUUACUGGAUAUAUAUACAGCAAAUGCCUUACUGACACCUCUACCUUCCAAACCAGUUUCUGUGGUAGUUGAUGCCAUAGUGCUUUAACCCCAGGCAGUGAUGGCCUCCAUUACAAUAUAUGAUAUUGUGGUCUUCCCUUCUCCUGGUUACGGCUUUGCAUAUUUUGUUGGCUCCCAUAUCAGAGGCAUUUAUCUGCCAUCACCCAUUAUAGUCUUUCUUAAACAUAAGUCACAUUUAAAUCAGUUGUCUUAUGUUUUUCUUUUUUUUUUCCUUUAGUGACCAAUCUCCAAAUUAGGUAUCUGAGUGUCAAGAGUCAUACAUGGUUUAUUUUGUAAAUGGAAAAG